AUGCAGGUUUAUGCUACACUCGUCAUCCAUCUACUCUCCUCGGCUUCACUCGGUGCCGCGACUGACGGAGCAGCAGCCCACGAGCCCCUGUGGCUCGACACCAGCGCGGAUACGAGUACCCAAUGCGCCUCCAACCCCAACAUUCUGGCCUGUCAAACGGCGCCCCCACCCGAGGAAGUAUGGAUCCUGCAGACACCAGAAAUUUCAUCUUCAUCGACAUCAGCAACAGCUAUAAAGCGGCAGCAUCCCGGCGCGCCGCUCUGUGGGCUCGGUGGCUGCGCCACGAAACAGUCCUGUAACCCGCUCCUGUUCGCCAUGCAGGUUAGUAGACAAAGCUCGCUAUUCUCCAAAAAAACAAGCAAUUACUGGCUGGUAGAGCUGCCGAGCCCGCAGUGUUGUGUAUGCAUGGCCUUCGAAUGCAUUGAUAGCAUACAUUGUUUAUUGCUGUUACUGUCUGGGGACAUUGAGGGCAAUCCAGGGCCCCCUAACGAUAGUGCUGACAUUCUCGCUGAACUAAAAAGUAUAUCUUCUGGGCAGGCUAAGCUUCUUUCCGAAAUGCAAGACCUAAAAAUACAAUUGAAUACUACAGAAAAAACUAUCAGUGACCUAAGUAAUAGAAUAACGCAGCUGGAAAAACACUACCAAAGCCUCUCAACCGUUCAAACACAAAUAACGGCGCUAGAGACCAGUGCAGGCACUACAGCUCGUCACAUUCAACUUGGAUUGGAGGCCAGGUUUGAUGAUACGGAAAACCGCUCGCGACGGAACAACCUAAUAUUCUAUGGUCUCCCAGAUACUAACCACUCUGAAACUUUCUCUGAGUCCGAAGAACUAAUUGUGAGCCUCUGCAGCAAACACUUAAACGUUAAAAUUGACACAAAAGAAGUUGAAAGGGCACACCGGCUUGGUCGUCACAAGCCUGGCCGGCACCGCCCGGUCAUUGUAAAAUUCACAUCGUUUAAAACUAAAGAAACGAUCCUUUCUAAUGGCAAAAAACUGAAAGGCACAACUUACGCGAUAGGUCAGGAUUUCUCUCGUUCCGUCCAAAAUGCACGAAAACACCUCAUUGCCUUCGCUAGGAGCAAAUCCAUCGCUUUUUCAUGCCCCUACAAAACGUUGUUUCUUGGCUCCAAGCGGUACGUCUUCGAUGAAAUGUCACAAUCCAUCAAAGAAAUGGCGUAG